AUGCUGCAAGAUUUCCUGAGUGACGAUGUUGCUGUCAGGGCGCAAGGAGUUGUUGUCAACGGCAGGGUGAUGACCCUCAAGUACUGUACUACCUGCAACAUCUACCGGCCGCCGAGGUGCUCACACUGCAAGAUCUGUGACAACUGCGUCGACCGAUUCGACCAUCACUGUCCCUGGGUCGGGAACUGCAUCGGGAGGCGGAACUACCGCUGCAUCUACCUCUUCGCCCUCUGCAUCCGAGCUCUCUAUCUCGCUGGGCUGGAAGCUGCUCCUUAUGACGUCGUCUCCGCGUUCAUCACUGGCGCAUCCUCGAAUCCAUCGACGGUCUCGAUCGCCAUCGUCUGCGUCCUCUCUUUGUUUUUCACAGGCGCACUCUCCGCCUUCCACAUCUACCUGCUCUCCGCAAACAUCACAACCAACGAACAUGUCGCUCCCAGUCUCCUGCUCCUUCCUUACUGA